UGCAGUUGAUUGACUUUUUACUCGCGAGUUUUUUCUAAGUUUUCACAAUAAUUCUAUAUAAAUUGUACCAACGAAAAUAAUCACAAAAGCAGAUCUCAAUGUACAAAUUACAAACGAUUGAAUUCUAGUUUUACAUAAGUUGGUGUGUUUUUGUAAAUAAGUCGGAGAUUGGUGUCAGAUCAUUUCACAAUGAUCAAUGUUGUGUUGUUGUAUCUUCGUGGUGAUAAAUUUAUUCUAAGGGAUCCUAAAUAAUGUGUAGCUAGCGAAGUCUUUAUACUAUUCAUGCUGCCUCGUCUUAAAAGUAUGCAAAGCAAAUAAUGCCAUGUACGCUCCAGAUCACAGAAGGAAGGAAGCCAGAGAUGUUAUGUACCGUAGCAAUUCUAGCCUCGACUUGAUUUAUAGUGAUCAGCCAUCGAGUAACGGCCUACGUAGAGAAUAUGGAAGUCACGGUUCAAUCGACGUGAUCGGGGGAGGCUGCGAACGGCUACCCGCGAUGGUGCACAAUUACAACGUAGUUUCUACGUCAGACAAGCCUCCUGGGAUAGCGCGCGCGACUGACCGCCUCACCGAUGUACUCAGCAGCGACCACGCAGACGGCCCACAGCCUCGUACGAGUGCAAGUCCCAAACCCCGUCUCAAACUCAACAAACUAUGGGGUGGUCAAACACCUGCUAUAUCACGUCAAACACUUGACGAAGGAGCCAUUUCGGCUCUCACAGAAUGUACCAAAAGAAAGCAAUUUGCUCAUUAUGACUGUCAGUCACUUAUGGCCAACUUAAGUUAUGCAGCGGAGAUCAGAGGUGCAUUGCUUAGUAGACGUCGCAACACUACCACCGGAGCCUCAGCUGCGUCCUUGCUGGCAACAAAAGGUUUACCACCAGGUGAAGAUGCUGUACCUGAUACUGGAGAUGGAAGAUCAAAUGAACUGCUUGAAAGCUGCCCAUUCUUUAGAAAUGAGUUGGGAGGUGAAGAAGAGCGUUGUGUGUCGCUCUGCUGGAGAACCGCUCGUGGUGCCAUACCCGGCCAGACCGGAGGGUGGCACCGGCCCCGCGCCGCUUACGGGCUCUCAGUACUGGAGUUUCCGCCGGGACACACCCAUUGGCGACACGGCUGCCCCUUCGCCAGAGUCCUCACGCCACUGCCUGUUGAGAGCCAAGACUUAGGCGCGUUAUAUUAUAGGAACUAUUUCUAUAAUCAACCUCACCAAAACUGGUUCGGCAUGGACGAAAGUCUAGGACCUAUAGCCAUUUCCAUAAAAAAGGAACGUGUGGAAUUACGUAGAGGUGGUGGCGACGCGUCUGUGCCGGCUUCCCAGCUCGCCUGGCAGUACCGGCUCAUAAUACGAACUUCGGAGUUGCUGACUCUUCGGGGAUCUGUGCUUGAAGAUGCGCUGCCUACCGUAAAGCCAAGCAACAACAGCGCUACAUACUGCACGAAAGAGGUUUUGGACUAUGUCGCACCUGAAAUGCAGUUGGGUUGUUUGAGGUUAGGUGUACCUAACAGUGGAGCAGAGGAACAGCUACUUCGGCUGGACGAACAAUGCGUAACCCGACACUACAAAGUCGGCGUUAUGUAUUGCAAAAGCGGCCAAGCUACCGAAGAAGAAAUGUAUAACAACCAGGAAGCCGGUCCCGCUUUCGUCGAAUUCCUGCAAAUGUUAGGACAGACCGUUCGAUUAAAAGACUUUGAGAAAUAUAAAGCGGGUCUCGACAAUCGCACCGAUUCAACAGGCCUCUAUUCAGUGUAUACGACAUACCAGGGUUGUGAGAUAAUGUUUCACGUUUCGACAAUGCUUCCAUAUACACCACAUAAUAGACAGCAGUUGUUGAGAAAGCGACAUAUAGGCAACGACAUAGUAACUAUUGUCUUCCAAGAACCAGGUGCUGCGCCAUUUACGCCGCGGAAUAUUCGCUCUCAAUUCCAACACGUUUUUGUUGUGAUUCGAGCGAUAGAUCCGUGCACGGAGAACACGCAUUACAGUAUAGCUGUAAGUCGUGCAAAAGAAGUACCUUUAUUUGGGCCUCCAAUCAAAGAUGGAGCAGUGUAUCCAAAAGGUGAAGCUUUCACUGAUUUACUUUUAAGUAAGGUAAUUAAUGGCGAGAAUGCAGCAAUUCAGUCGCCAAAAUUCUGUACAAUGGCCACACGUACACGACAGGAAUAUUUAAAAGAUUUGUCGAAAAACUACGUGACGGCUACAACAGUGGAAACAGGCCAAAAAUUUUCUAUAUUUUCAUCACUGUUGAUGAAAAGCGGGAACAACUCCAACAACAAUACGGUUUUGCCGCGUGUUGAGAAUUGCACUACCGAUGUCUUAGUUGGCGGUGCACUGUGUUUUCACGUGGCAGUAACGUUCGCGUCGAGCAACCGCUGCGGCUGCGAAUGCACCAGUCCAGUGGCGGGCGCGAACGACAGCGUGGUCGCGCGCGCCGACGCGCAGCAGCCGGCCCGCGCCCGCCGCGCGCAGCCCGCGCACUCGCCGCCGCGCUCCGACAGCUCCGGCUACGGAACUGGCGGGGGUGCGACGGGCGCGCCGCCGCCGCUGCCGCUGCCCGACGCGUCUGCGCUGGACUGGGCCACUUUAGUGCACACCGCCACUCGCGCUAUGCUUCAGAUCUGUGAGGAACAUCAAUAUCCAUCCAUGGACAACACUGAAUCCUCCUUGGAAGCAAUGACAAAUGAUCCUGUCCAUGAUUCUUGGUCUGAAUUAACGGAGGUACCUGAACCAGAGCCGCGGCAGCAGCGCAGCGAGUCGGCGGGCUCGGUGUCGGCGGCGGCGGCGGUGUCGGCGGCGGCGGCGGUGUCGGCGGCGGCGGCGGUGUCGGCGGCGCCGGCGUGCGGCUGCGGGCUGGCGGCGCGCGUGGCGGCGCUGGAGGCCGACGUGGCCGCGCGCCAGAGGCAACACCACCAUUUGGAGGAUGAGGUGCGUCGUCUGCGCCGUCACAACGCGCGCCUGCGCGAGGAGUCCGCUCGCGCCGUAUGGCAACUGCGCCACUUCACGCAGUGGCUCAAGCGCACCGUUGACCGCCAGUGAGCAACCGUCGCCGACCGCCAGUGAGCUACCGUCGACCGCCAGUGAGUCGCCCACCACACCACCAUACACCGCCUACCGACGAAAAAAGAAAGUCCUAUAUCAAAUCCUUAAAGCCCCGCCACAAUCUGGAUUUCGGCCAGUGGAUUUUUGGAGAACUUAAACCUGUGAACUAAUUUAAAAGGAUAAAUCUCAAUUCCUUGCUAUAAAGCCUAGCCAUGAUUUUUGAGAAUUUUUGGGGAACUUAAAAACAGAGCUAGAAAUUUAAACUUUCUUUAAAAAUUCACUUACCGAAAGAGAUGUUGACAGCACUAAAUAAAAUUGAACUUUUCUUGAUUUGUGUAGUGCGGGUGUUGCCCCGUCGAAUAUAAUUACAGUUAAUUUUCAGUCUUUUCAUUUUUUAACAGAGACUUUCUAUAAAAAUGUCGACAUCUCUAGCGUUCAAUGUAAAAAAAAAUACAAAAUCUAAAUAUUAAAAAAAAUAUGUUUAAAAUGUAAACCAUGGGAUAAAAAUAUAAAUUUCCAUCCACAAAAUUAAGUUAUAAGUAAGAUUAUUUUACAAGGUUAAAAUAGUGAAUAAUUGUAUUUAUUGGACUCAUUACAUAACAUUAUGUAGGUAUUAAGCAGUGUUUAAAAUCGACGAACAAAGCGUAGCGUUUAGCUAACUGCAGUAGCGUAAUAAUAUGAAUUAUUAUGCGCAGUAUCUUAUGAAUUUUGUGCCUUUUCUGCGCUUUGGGCGACGCCUUUAUUUGGCAUGUUUUGUACCUAAAGUGUUGGGUACAACAUAAAAUAUUUGUAGUAUUUAUUACAUUUGUUUGUUACUCGCUGUUUUAUAAUCUAAAAUAAUAUGAUGAAAUUAUAUUAAUCGUUGCCUUUUCGAGUAAGCAUUAGUAUACUACAAUUUACUUGACUACCCAAAUAGAUCACUAAAAUAAAUUAAAUAAUAAUGAGUGAGUCAAAAUAUACAGGGUGUUAGGUAAAUGGGUAUAUGAGCCGACACUAGCCCAUGUUAACAUGGUCAUAUAAAUGGUAUGGUGAAGUCAGAAAAUUGAUCUUCAUUUCAAUUUUUUUAAUUUUCAUACAAAUCGGAUUUUGUAAAAUUUAUUUUGUAUGAAAAUUUAAAAAAAUAAAAUGAUGAUAUCAAAUUUCUGACUUCACCAUACCAUUUAUAUGACCAUGUUAACAUGGGCUAGUGUCGGCUCAUAUACCCAUUUACCUAACACCCUGUAUAAAAAGCUUGUUAUUAUGGUCCAUUCGACGUAUGAAUAACAAGCAGGUCUAAGCAUAUAUUGCACGAUGAUCACAAUGGUUUUACUCUUAUAAAAUGUAAAAUUGACACAAAUAAAGCUACAGAAGAUAUACAUUCAAGAUCAGAAUUCUUAUAACAUUACGCAUUAUUAUAUUUUCUACAAAAUCACAGCAAAAUUCAAAAAAACUGGUACCUAUUACAAAAGUGCAAAAUAUAAAAAAAAUGUUCGGCCAGAAAGUAAGUAUACCUACCAAGUACAAGUUCAGUAUUGUUUUAAUUUAUUGCCGAAAUGCUAUAUUUAGACGAAAAAUAAUACAAUUCCGUAUAUUGUAGAAUUUGUAAUAAUGCAAGACAAAACAUUUUUAAUGUACGAUAGUUUAUUGUUUUGGUUUGUGAUCUCGAACUAAAAAUGGAUUAAUAUUGCCGUACUGGACGUAUUCAAAAGUUAUUUCGGAUUUAUGCGAAUGACAAUUGAGAAAACACUGAGAUGUCAAUUUAUACGU